ACUAUCAAGGAAACUCAAACACACCCUCGUAUAUAUUACCUCUCUCUUUAUAUAUUUAUCAACCAACUUGUUCAUUGUUGCGAUUAAACCUAGUUUCUAACAUGGCAAACCUAAGAAAACCAAAAGACAAAGACAGCAUGUUCAACGUUAACGGUGGUCGUUGCAAGAAACACCCCAAACAUGUACAAUCACCCGGUGUAUGUUCUCUUUGUUUGAAAGACAAACUUGAUCAACUAUCUUCUUCAUCUUCUAGUUCUUGUUCUCAAAACACAAACUCCGCUUCUUGUUCUUCAUCUUGUUCCUCUUUGUCUUCCUAUUACUCUUCCUCUUCAGGCUCUUCUUGUUCUUCUCCAAUGCAUGAUGAUGGAUCUAGUUUCUCUACUAUCUUUCUGUUUCACAAACAUGGUGGACUCGUGAAGAGUAAGUCAAUGGCUGCGGUUGUUCCGAGAAGGAGAAACAAAGAUAGUAGAGAUCAUCAAUAUAGUAAGAAAAGUGGGUUUUGGUUUAACUUGUUUCAUCCUAGUUAUAAGAACAAGAGAAUGGUCACUGUAGCUAGCUAACUCAUACGAUCGAUCAACAUUAGUUAUUCUUUUGUAAUUAAUUACUCAUUAAUUCAUUCAUUUGUAGUUCAUCUUUCCAAUAUUAUUCACAAAGAAGAAAGAAAGAAAUUAAUAAAUUUAUUUUUAUAUUUUUAUAUUUCCUUUUAAUUAAGAUAUAUUACAUUAUAAAUAAUAAUAAUAGGGUCCACAUCACCAACUUCUCCCUAUAUAUGUGUGUUAGUGAAGAUUAGUUUGAAGAUAAGGAGAUGACUCAUUUGCAAAAAUACGAGUUCAAUUUCUAUUAUCGA